AUGACUGACGCCUUCCUCGAGGUGGGUGAGAGGGUUGGGGAGAGGUGGGCGCGGGAGAGGGGAGUUGUGGGUGCGGGGAUAGGGCUGGGGGGUAGUUGGGAAGGGGCUGGGAGAUGGUUAGUCGUGGAGGGGGGUGGGGGUGGGGAUGGGGGAGGGGGGGAGGGGGGGGGGGGGGGGUGCGGGAAAGGGGCGGGGAAGGGGUGGGCAUGGGGGAGGGGAGAUGUGGGGGCAGGGAGAGGGCUGGUGGCUGGGAGUGGGCUAGGAGAGGGGAGAGGGGGGGAACAAGAGGGGAGGGGGAGAGUAGGGAGAGGGGUGGAAGGCAUGGACAAAGAAAUCGGGUGCGUUCGCAACAAGAUUGCAGACGCAUUCCUCGAGGUGCACCGGGGAAGAUGUGUGAGGACUUGUGCCAGCAGUAGCAGACGGCAUGUUGCUGCGCAAGCUUGGUUUGGGUUGUCUCAAAGCAACCAGGCCUUUUCUCUCCCCUCUGUGCCUGACAACCUCCGUCACCCUGCCCCUCCGUGUUCCCGUCUCCACCCCCCCCCCGCUGCAGCAGACCGCAUCAUGGUGCUGUGUAAGCUGGCGCAGGACAUGCGCGAGUGGAUACACCGGCGGGUGAGCCAUGGGAUAAGGGGUGAUUGUUAUGGGAUGGUGCCGGUAAGCAAUCGGGGGGCCCGCGAGGAGGGGAGAAGGGGGAUUAGAAAAGACGGAGGGAUAAAGGGUGCUGGCACAGGACAUGCGCGAGUGGCCGGCCUGCGGGUGGGCGAGAGGGGCAGAGAAGGGGGGGAGGGAAUACGAGGGAUAUGGAAGGGUUAA